CCCAUCCUGGCAGAUGACCGGAUGCUCUCUAAGCAGGUGUUCCCUGUUCUAGGGAAAGAAGCUCAGAAAGGAUCUCUGCUCUUUGAUGACCUCCCUCCGGCCAGCAGUACUGACUCAGGAUCAGGGGGACCUUUGCUUUUUGAUGAUCUCCCACCAGCCAGCAGUGGCGAUUCAGGUUCUCUUGACGCUUCGAUAUCCCAGAUGGUAAAGAAUGAAGGGAAAGGAGCAAAGAGAAAAACCUCUGAAGAAGAGAAGAAUGGCAGUGAAGAGCUUGUGGAAAAGAAAGUUUGUAAAGCCUCUUCAGUGAUCUUUGGUUUGAAAGGCUAUGUGGCAGAGCGGAAGGGCGAGCGGGAGGAGAUGCAGGAUGCCCACGUCAUCCUGAAUGACAUCACCGAGGAAUGUCGGCCCCCAUCAUCCCUCAUUACCCGGGUUUCAUAUUUUGCUGUUUUUGAUGGACAUGGAGGAAUUCGAGCCUCAAAAUUUGCUGCACAGAAUUUGCAUCAGAACUUAAUCAGGAAGUUUCCUAAAGGAGAUGUAAUCAGUGUAGAGAAAACCGUGAAGAGAUGCCUUUUGGACACUUUUAAGCAUACUGAUGAAGAGUUCCUUAAACAAGCUUCAAGCCAGAAGCCUGCCUGGAAAGAUGGGUCCACUGCCACGUGUGUUCUGGCUGUAGACAACAUUCUUUAUAUUGCCAACCUCGGAGAUAGUCGGGCAAUCCUGUGCCGUUAUAAUGAAGAGAGUCAAAAACACGCAGCCUUAAGCCUCAGCAAGGAGCAUAACCCAACACAGUAUGAAGAACGCAUGAGGAUACAGAAGGCUGGAGGAAAUGUCAGAGAUGGGCGUGUCUUGGGCGUGCUGGAGGUGUCCCGCUCCAUCGGGGAUGGGCAGUACAAGCGAUGUGGGGUCACUUCUGUGCCAGAUAUCAGACGCUGCCAGCUGACCCCCAAUGACAGGUUCAUUUUGCUGGCCUGUGACGGCCUCUUCAAGGUCUUUACCCCAGAGGAAGCUGUGAACUUCAUCCUGUCCUGCCUUGAGGAUGAGAAGAUCCAGAGCCGGGAAGGGAAGCCCACUGUCGACACCCGCUAUGAAGCAGCCUGCAACAGGCUGGCCAACAAGGCAGUGCAGCGGGGCUCAGCGGACAACGUCACCGUGAUGGUGGUGCGGAUAGGGCACUGAGGGCACCACGAGACCAGGAGCACGGCAUGGUAGUGACUUCAGAGGUUCAUUGUGUGUGUGCACAUUAUGUGUGUUUCGUGUACUCCUUUGGGACUCCCAUGGUUGUAAAUAAAGGUUUCUUUGUUUUUUC